UUUUUUAUGCAGUGAAAGUAUAUAUAUAUACAGUUUUAGAAUAUAGGUAAGUCGUAUACGUGUUGUUUUAUAAUGGCAAGCCAGUUUACUACAGAAGGUCUUGGAGAUAACCCGGACAAAUGGUUCAGUAUGCUUCAAAGUUGCUUAAACCUACAGAACGGAGAAGAGAAAAACAACUUGUUAAAGCAGAUCUUUGUGACAGCAAAUCGUUCUCUUACUGCAGAAAAACAUAAAACAUCUGAAAUUUAUGCUAAAAUAUUAGCAGAAGAAGCAGCUUUUGUUGGUUCAACAAAUGUAAAUAAAGGAAGAAACAUGUUUAAACAUGCCGUAUAUGUCUGUCGUACAAUUCCAAUCAUACACCUUACGUACGCUCAGUUUGAAGUGCGAAAUGGUCACUUUGACAAAGCACUUCAUAUUCUUGAGUUCGGAAAAAUGGUCACUGGAUGUAAAUUAUUAUUCGAACAAGCGAUUUCUAAGCUGGAAAAUGGAUAUGUCAAGUUUAAUUCAACUUUAUCUAUGGAUUUAAAUCAAGCUACACCUUUGAAAAACAUAACGAAUACAGAGUGCAACGAAAAAGUUACAGAAUGUCAAAAACGAUCUUAUACUGAUACCGCACUUAAAACACCCCCAUCUUACAGAUUUCGUGCUUUAGACACCAAAUAUUACGAUAUAAAGACACCUUCUCCACCAAUGUUAAAAAUGUCACCUACGAACACUUUUCCCAACCGUUUUACCUUCAACAUGCCAACUUCUAUCAGCAAAUCUUCUGUAACUAAUUUCACACCUACCCCUGCUUCUGCUACCAAAACAACAGGUCUUACGAAAGGUCCUCAAAGAGUUUUACGCUCUUUAAAGAGUUCCCUAGAGAAUGCAGAUAAUGAUAAAGAGCAUGAUAUUGGAACACACCAAACACCUUAUUCACUGAAACAUCAUCCACUGGUUUCAAACGUUGAACCCCAAAUCCCGGACAGCCCCAAACCCCCAGUUAUAAUUGACCCAUCACCCAUAAACCCCCCUACCCCUAUUAUACCCCUAAAAAAAGAAAUUUUCCCCUACCCCUCAAAACAAACUCCCCAGCCAAAAUUAACCCCUAACCCCCCAAAAAAUCUUGGAACACUCAAUCCAGAAAUCAGACAAAAUCCGUCAAAAUCUACACCCAUGAAAACAGAUACUUCAAAUUUGAAUCAUAACAGUAUGCCACCACCCAAAAAGUUUCCACCACAAAGAGUACCAUGUUCCAAACCAGCAGAGCCACAAAAUGGUUUGCAUACAUGGUUUAACCCAAACAGUGCUAUCUGUGUCAACAAUAAACAUUAUUUGGUGAUAAGGGAAUUAGGGGAAGGUGGUUCAAGUAAAGUCCUUCAAGUUUUCUGCGCUGAAACCAAAGCCAUACUUGCACUUAAAAAGGUUUCAUUGAAAGAUUGCGAUGAGUCGACAAAAAAUGAGUUUACCAACGAGAUUGAAUUUCUUCUCAAGUUGAGAAAUAAUCCCCACAUUGUUCAUUUGUACGACUUCGAACUGACACCAGAUUUCAUUCACUUAGUCAUGGAGUGUGGAUCUACAGACUUAGCGAAACUACUGCAUUCACAUAAAACACAAAAUAGCCGGCUAGAAGUUUACGAAAUUAUAUAUUUCUGGAAGAAAAUGCUACUCGCUGUACAAACUAUACAUAAACAUGGAGUCAUACACAGGGAUUUAAAGCCAGCCAACUUUUUAUUGGUAAAAGGAAAUCUAAAACUUAUCGAUUUUGGAAUUUCAAAUGCAAUAAAUGCUGAUGCUACAAGUGUGAUUAAAGAGACGCAGUGUGGAACAUUAAAUUACAUGGCACCAGAAGCAAUACUGGAUAUGUCUGGUGGAUAUAACCCUGACUCACCUAAGUUUAAGAUUAGCCCAAUGGCUGACGUUUGGUCAUUGGGCUGCAUCUUAUAUUCUAUGCUGUAUGGAUGCACGCCGUUUCAACACAUUAAACAUCAACUUUUAAAAUUAAAUGCAAUAACCAAUGACCAACAUAGAAUUGAAUUUCCCCCGUUUAAAGAUGAAAAUUUUGUAAAAAUUGUUCAAAAAUGUUUAAAAAGAAACCCAAAACAUAGACCAACUGUGGACCAACUUUUACAAUUUUCCUAAAACUUUAGAAAUAUUAAGGUACCCAUAUUUUCGGUAUUUCAUA